AUGGCGCGUACUGCCGCCGGACGGGAGGUAAUCACUUCUGCCAUGAAACUCCAAAUCCAUGAGCUCGAAUAUGUCAUCGCUCGUCUGAUCGCCACCAGAGACCUCGACAUUACCACCAUCCAACAAGAAGCCGAAGCCAUGCAAGCAGAAAUCGAAGCACGACAAGAGGAGAGAGAAACCACCAUGAGAGGAAUUGUCACGGCACUGCGGAUUCUUCCAGGACAUAUCUUUCGACAGCUGUUUGUAAUUGUUCUGCAAAGUCAUCCGGUGAAUCGGCAAUUGCUUGUGGAGAGAUGGGAGGAACAUUUCGAUGAUUUGGAUACGGAGUUUGAGGGAGAUCCGUUUUUCGGUGAUUCGCUUGCUUUGUUUGCCUAUAUGAAUGCGAAAUCUUCGUUGACUCUGAGAUUGAUCGUUUCUUUUAUGGCGGGUAAUGAUGGUUCGCUUCGUGAAUAUAUGGCGAGGGCGCUGUUGAUCAGGAAAGAGGACGGAAGUCUUGAGCCCAGAGUUUUUGACCCGUUUGAGAGAGAGCGGUCUCCUGAUAUUGAUCUGGCGCCAAGGAUAUCAAGGAUAGAUAGGAUACUUCUUCCGGAACCCUCUGGUGAGCAGGUUGUGGAUAACGAACAGUCUAUGCGGGAUACUUCGAGUGAUUGGGAUAUUGAGGAGAAGAUAUUUUUUCGAGACGAUUCUGAAGACUCUAACAUCAGUGAUACGACGCUUUUGCAAAGAAAUGCUAAUCCGGAUUUCACCGAGGAUUCGGAGCUCGAUGAUGCGACUUUCUUGAGGAAUACUUUUCCGGACUUCUCUGAGGAUUCGGAGCUCAAUGAUAGGACUUCUCCGAGAGAUACUUCAAGCGAUAGGGAUACCGAGGAGACAAUGUCUGUGCGAGACUAUCCCGAUGACUCGGAUGUCAGUGAUACAACAGCUUUGCAAGACGAAACUUUCUCGGACUUUGUUGACGAUUCGGAGCUCAAUGAUGAGUCUUCUUUGAGUUGA